UGUCACAGGCCAUAUGUAUGGGUGUAGAGAUAGACCUGCGUGCGAAAUUUAAAAUUCACCAGUCUAUCUCCUCACUUGCCCAAAACUCAUGAGCUUACUGCAAACAAUUGUCACAGUACUUUGAUGGUCCAAAUAGUUUGAAACAACACGCUACGGAAACCUAUUUUGUGUCCACCGCGAUGCCUUGCACGUACGGAGUGCACCUCCCUCCAGAUGCGCUCGCUGUGGACUGAUGACUACUCUAUGUCGGUCUAUACGCAGUCUGAACCUGAGAUAAGAAAUUGAAUAUAAAGAUCCGCACCACCCCAUCCUCCACUCACAGUCGCCAUGAUUCUUUCUGUCCUCUCAUCAGUCGUACUCAUAUCACUCGCUGGAACCCACGUCGCUGCCUCGACUCGGGAUCAGUUUCCUUUUGUGACAGAAACGCAAGAGGACUUUUACGAAUUCAAAUGGCCAAUCCGUAGGGUGGCCGUCAUCGGGGCGGGUGUUAGUGGUCUGAUCGCGUACCGCGAACUCACCGAAGCGGGCUUCGACACUGUCAAGAUCUUCGAGCGCGAUGAAAUCCCGGGUGGAGUGUGGCAUUACACGGAUGAGCUGCCCGACGACGCGCCGAUACCGAACCUGGACCCGGUCGUGGGUGACUUCGAGCCGUCGUUCCCUCCCCAGGGAAUGUCGUUGCCCUACGAACAAUUUCAUUUCGAUGACGCGAAGGAGAGAUUUCGGAAGCACCGGGCACCGCAUGCCGUGUGGAAGUCACUGACUUCGAAUGUGCCUGCUAGCAUGAUGCAUUUCACGGGACUGCCUUUCACACCCGAGACCAGUUUCCACAUCCCACAGCAGACUCUUUGCCGCUACAUCCGUUCGGCUUACUCCUACUACGGCAUCAACAGCAAUGACAGGAACGAAAAUGCGUCGUACAGCACUCGCGUUGAGCUCGUCGAUAAGCGAUACGACGCGGAGGGCAACGAACGUGGUUGGACUCUGACACUGAAGAAGUUGACGACCUUGGGACCUUUGCUGAGUCGAGAGGAAUGGUGGACCGAGGACUUUGACGCGGUGGUUGUGGCCACCGGGACGUUCAACGCACCCCACAUCCCGAAUAUUCCAGGCUUGGCGGAAUGGAAAAUCCGUUUUCCUCAGACCAUUUCGCACUCCCGCGAGUAUCGAUCUCCGGAAAAGUUUGCCAACAGCUCGGUUCUCGUUGUCGGCGCUGGGCCCAGCGCCACAGGUGUUUCAGCAGACCUGCAGUCCAGCGUGGCUGCUAAUUAUCUUUCGCUGCGAGUGGGUCUAUCGCUACCCAGAUUUGUCCAUGUCUCUGAUCUCUCUAUUACAGCGGAGCGCCAAGUCGGCAACGCCCUGCAGUUUCUGCAGCUCUUGAAAGACGGAUACCACAAUUCGUCGUGGCAAGAGGAUGGAACGUCGGUGAGGCCGCUGAUUACUGACGGGACGCACUACCGCUCGCUGUAUCGCGACUUCUUGUACAUCGAAGAGCCCACUCUGGGUUUCGUCAAUAUGAACCUGGGGAUCGUCACCUGGACUCAUGGCGAUUACACCGCUUUGGCACUGGCAAAAAUCUGGUCUGGCAAAGCCCGACUGCCGAGCCAGGAUCUGAUGUGGCAAGACCACUAUCGUGAACUUACUAAGCGCGGAGGGUACAGUAAACAGUUUCCAUUGCUGGGGGCGCCGCAUCAUUCCUCAUAUAUUGCAUUCUACUCUGGAUGGCUCAACAGUGCUGCUGCUGAGUUCGGCGGAAAGAUGAUCGACGGAAUGCCCAAAGAUUUUAUCCCCGCGAUCAUAUCCUGGCAACGAGAUCUAUUCUACAACACCAAUCCAGUUCAGAUCCCCCCCGAUUUUCCAACUGCGCUGCUUGACGAGCCGGUGGAUGUUCUGCACUGGAUGACUGGGCGUUAUUGA